AUGCUCGUUUUCGCCUCUCAACUGAUUAAGCAACCUCUCAACUCCAUCCCAAUUACUAUGAAGGCCAACCCAAUGCCGUCUCCCUCGGUGGACCAUACUCGCAUCGCGAUAGCUGAAGUGACCAUCUUCUCCCUCAUUCAGUUGGUACAAUUUGUCACAAGGUUCAUGCAAGAAUGGAAGUACUGGCACCACAGAAGGGAGAGAAGUGUCCGCAGAUGCGUGCUGUACUCCUGGUUUGGCAUGCUGGGGUUUUUGGCGCAGCUUCGAAUUGCGGGUUCCGCGAUGGCGAUUGCUGUUUCCAAUCCGAGCAAGUCGGUCUGGACGGCAGAGAUCAUUCUGCAAAGUAUCGGACUAUCACCUCUUUUGUUUGAGGUGAGCCUUGUCCUACUGCGAAGUGGACAAGCUGGAGGACGCGGUCCCGGAAACACAAGGUACCCAAAACAUUUGCGUUUCCUGCUUCACGCCUUUCGCUUCCCAGUCAUCAUUUCUCUGGUCUGUGCCGUGGUUGGUGAGACAAUGGAUAUUUCUGCCUGUAGGGAUAUCGGCUCGGGCGUCUUCGUCAUUACCUUUGCAUUUAUCAUUGGUCUCGUACUUUGGAUUGCAGUCGCCUACCGCACGGUUCUGCCCAGAAACGGCCGCCGCGUCGUGAUGCUGGUCCUUGCCACUAUGCCGUUCUUGGCCGUUAGAAUCGCCUACUUUCUGCUGGGUGAGUUUGGGUCGGAGGAAUUCAAUGCUCUCACUGGCAAGGAGGGGAUCAAAGUUGGUAUGGGUCUGUUAAUGGAGAUAAUCGCCACAGUGCUCCUGUUGUUAUCACGAGGCACAAUGGAGCCAUUUCCAUCCAAGGAUCUCCAUGCCGAGGAACUUGAGAGGGACGACAGGCCUUGA